GAGAAAUAGAUUUGAUGGUCUUGAAUGACAGUUUCUGUAUUAUACUGAGUGUGUCCAGAACCUGGGAUGGAAAACCCAGGUCAGGGGUAGAGUGAGACGCUGGCUAUGUCCCAGGGGCUGCUGCUGUGGCUGCUGCUGUGCCCCAGCGUGGUAUGGGCCUCCAGGGGCCCCCUUCGGCCACUGUGUCGGCCUGUCAACGCAACCCUGGCUGCAGAGAAUGAGUUCUGCCCAGUCUGCAUCACCUUCACCACCACCAUCUGUGCCGGCUACUGUCCUAGCAUGGUCCGAGUACUGCCUGCUGCCUUGCCUCCAGUGCCUCAGCCAGUGUGCACCUACCGUGAGCUGCGCUUUGCUUCUGUCCGCCUCCCCGGCUGCCCACCUGGUGUAGACCCCAUAGUCUCCUUUCCUGUGGCCCUCAGCUGCCGCUGUGGGCCCUGCCGGCUCAGCAGCUCUGACUGUGGGGGUCCCAGGACUCAACCAAUGGCCUGUGACCUCCCCCACCUCCCUGGCCUCCUCCUCUUCUGAGGCCUACCCCUAAGUCCCCGUUCUUCUGCAGCUAGCAGGUGUUCUAACCACCCCUCCCAAUAAAGGCUUUACAACUGC